CGACAGUUUAGUUCGUUAAAGGUGGUUAAAGGUAAACCACUUGUUCGAUGAUACAUGCAGUUGAUAAAAAAAUAUUUUAUCUAAUAGCAAGUGGAACAAGUGAAGUGCAAAUCGUUUUUUGUGUGAUAGCAAGGUAUCUAAUCAAAUGAUGCGAAGAAUGACCCUAACAGUCUGCUGCAUCUUAGCACUAUUCGCAGUAGGUGAGGGAAAUGAGGUGAAAAGCAAACAUGUAACUGAAAAUCCGGUAGUAACUACCCCCUUAGGACAAAUAAGGGGUAGUCUUAUGACUUCUAGACUGGGGAAAACGAUUAAUGCUUUCAGAGGUAUCCGUUAUGCCAAACCACCAGUAGAUGAACUAAGAUUCCAGCCUCCGGUACCUGUGGAAAAAUGGGAGGGAGUCUACGACGCCACCAAAGAUGGUUUUCUUUGCCCUCAACCCUCUACAAGCCCUGUCUCGGAAGAUUGUUUGAUCGUAAACGUUUAUUCAACCCAGCUUCCACGUGGUUCUGAGAAUCCAAAACGUCCUGUAAUCGUCCACAUCCACCCUGGAGGAUUCUACAGUUCAACAUCAGUGAGCUACUGGGCAGGGCCCCAAUAUUUUAUGGACCAGGAUAUCGUCUUGGUAACUUUCAACUAUCGCUUAGGAUCUCUGGGCUUCUUGAGCACCGGCGACAAGGAAGCACCAGGCAACAAUGGUUUGAAAGACCAAGUGGUGCUCCUGAGAUGGGUAAAACAAAACAUCGACGCCUUUGGGGGCGACCCAAACAGCGUUACCAUUCAGGGGUACAGUGCAGGAAGUUGGAGCGUUAUUCUGCAUAUGGUUUCGCCACUGUCGCAAGGCUUAUUCCACAAAGGAGUUGCGAUGAGUGGCUCGCCCGUGGGUGCCUGGAUGCUUCCACAUAACCAACUGGAAAUUGCCAAAAAGCAAGCAAAAAUUUUAGGAUGUCCAGAUGAUACUAGCGCCAACAUCAUAAAGUGCUUGAAAACUAAGCCGUUCAAAGAACUGGGAGACUCUCUUUUUCAGUUUAGGGAAUUUGGAUACGACCCAGUUCUAAUAUGGUCUCCCGUUAUCGAAGACGACUUUGGCCAAACACGGUUCUUGACUGCCCACCCCAUCGAUCUCAUACAAAGUGGAAAAUUCCAAAAUGUACCUUUUAUUACUGGCAUAACGACCGAUGAAUUCGGAUACUACGCCUUUAACGUAGUAAACAACGAAACUCUCACCAAACAAAUAAACAAGGACUUUUACAAAAUCGCGCCAAUAGCUUUCAUCUAUGAAAGAGACACGAAUCGUUCAAAAAUUGUCAGCGAAGACGUGAAGAACUUCUAUUUGCAUGACAAGCCUGUGGACAAAUCACAAUUCACGGCUUUGGCUAACUUGUACGCCGAUGCGAUAGUGGGAUUUUCAGUAAAUAGAGCAGCGAAACUGAUAUCCCAGUACAGCAGUGAGUGUGUCUAUUACUACCAUUUCAGCUACCAGGGACGCUACAGUCACUUCUACCUACCUGACAGUAACAACACCACUCCUUAUGGGGUUGUCCAUCACGAUGAUCUCAUAUAUUUGUUCUACAUUUCCAAAUUAUUCCCGUGGUUCAACGCCACAUCCCCAGAAGUAGAAAUGGUAGAAAAGUUGACGACCCUCUAUGCGAAUUUCGCUAAGACCGGAAAUCCAACCCCUACAUCAACUGACAAACUGGACAAAGUGAAGUGGGAACCUUUCACUCUUAAGGACCAGAAGUACUUGGAUAUCGGAAAGAAGCUUGUAAUGCAGGAGAAGCUGCACGGAAAGCGGUACGCGGAGUGGGAAAAGCUGUUCCCCUUGCCCCUUGACCCUAAGCAAAACCACUAAUUAGUUGCGGAGGAUAUCGUUCUCCUCUCACUUAAUAAUAAGGAGACCUUUUUUUAGAAACAUUCUUUAUUUACGAUGUAUUAAAUAUACAUUAUCUUUUGUGAAAUAAAAUAAUUUUAUAUUUAAA